UGCUCACGGCGCAUGCGCAGACGCCAGCCACCUGACCGCGCCGUCCGUAAACCAGUGCGGACAUUCUUAGUGUACCCAGCAGGCACCGCGCCUCACUGAAGUCAAGAUGGCGGCAAGGGCACCGGCUUCAAGUGGUCGGCUGAUGCAAGCUUUUUACAAGUGGUAUUACAACUUAUGUGGAUUCAACAAAAUGGGAUUAAUGGCGGAUGACACAUUAUAUGAAGAUGAAGAUGUGAAAUUAGCAGUGAAGAGGCUUCCACCAGAGCUAUACCAUGAACGAAUGUUUCGCAUCAAGAGAGCUCUCGACUUGAGUAUGAAACAUCGAAUUCUUCCUAAAGAACAGUGGACGAAAUAUGAAGAGGAUCAGCCUUAUCUUCAGCCCUAUCUGAAAGAGGUUAUCCGUGAACGGCUUGAAAAAGAAGCGUGGAAGAACAAGUAACUGCUCUUAAAAUCCUUCGUGCAAACUGCUGGUUUUCUUUCUAAUAAAUAUUGUAAAAGAUAUGGUUAUUGAAGAAAUCUACUGGGAGGAAAAUGUGAGGAUAGAGAAACACUUGAUUCAGCUUGUUCAAUAAAUUUGUUCAUCCAACCAAAAUAAACAUGUCAGAAUACAAAAUCUACUUGCAAGAUUUCUUUGAACAUAGGUCUGUAAAUUGUAAUAAACCAUUCCUAUGAUCGGA